GUCCGCUGAUGAGUUUGUUUUCGCCGAUUUAAUGUUGAUUCAGAGUUGCUUUAAUUUGCUUCUGAUUUCUGAGUUCUGUGUUCGAGUCGCAUCCAUGGUUCUGUUUCCUUUCUUUUCGCGAGUUGAGUCAUCGAGUUCUGUCCGAGUCUUUUUCGUUUUGCUGUGUCGAGUUAGUCGCUAGUUCCGAGUUUUGUGCGAGUCUGUUGUGCUAGUUUCAGUAGCUGGGUUUGUGUGUCUGGCUCCGUUUAGUCGAGUUUUGACCUUCGUUUUGCUUGAAGUUUCGCAGUUUGUGGUUUAAUUUUGCUGCUUUGUCAAGUUUGUAUUUGCAAUUUAAGAUGAGUCUUCGAGUCUGUUUCUGUCUUAAGUCGCAGAGUCGAGAAUCAAGUAGAGUGUCAGUUCGUUUUUGCUGAGUUCGUGCUUUUUUUUUUUCGAAUUCAGAGUCAUUUAGUCAGCUUCGAGUUUGUUGUUUCGUGUUUAUGAGUCACCUCCAGCUGCGUUUUCUGGGUUUUCGUUUGUUUUGAUGGCUUGAAUUUUACCGAGUUAGUGUUUUUGAGCUGAGUUGCUAGCAGGGUUUUAACUGAGUCCGCUUUGUUCCUUUGCUGAGUUAUUUUCCUUCCGAGUCAGUUUUCGAGUCGCCAAUUUGUUUUGCAUCUGAGUCAGCGAGUCAAGCUCUGCAGUAGCAUAGUUUUGUUGGUCCAGUUGUUAUUUGAGUUUUGCGGCUGUGUUUCCUUUUUUUUAGAGUAUGAAUUUGGUUUUGUUUAGUUUUCUUUUUUCUAAGUCAAAUCGCUGAUUAGUUUACUGUAAUGGGUUUGUUUGUUUACAAAAUUAUGUGAUCUUGAGUUGCCGAUUUGUGGGUUUAGGAUUUUGUUAGUCGUUGAGUUUGGAAGUUUGUUAUCGAAGAGUUUUUUUUCCCGAGUGUGUCACCUAUUUUUGUUUAAGUCCGUGUCAAUUUUCAAGAGGUUAUUUGUUCUUUUUUUUUUAAGUAUGUAAUUAGAUUAAGUUACUAAUUUGAAUGAAUUAGGUAAUUAUUAGUCUAUUCUCAGAAUUUCUAAUAUUAAAAAGUUCCCUCCUUUCAAAAUCUUUUGUUCUAAUUCGCCUAGAUUAAAUUUAAGGAUUGCAAAUAAAUUAUUAAUAAUCUCUGUGGACGAAUCUCAAAUAUUAAAACGGUGAUCGUGCGCUUGCGAUUUAAAUGUAUUAUUUAUAGCACAUCAAGUUUUUGGCGCCGCUGCCGGGGAUUAUAAUUAAUUUUUUGCACCUUUAUUUUUAAUCUUUCGGAUUAGUUUGUUUCUCACUUUUUGUUUUUAUUUCGAGGAGGAAUAUUCGGGAAUCAUGAAGUAAAGUGGACAAAUUUUGCUCGGAUUUGGAAGCUUGCUUUGGUAACCGUAUCUCCCCACUUUUAUCUUUCGUCUUUAUUUAGAAAAUCACAAACAAAUUUGAAAAUUGAAAAUCACAAACAAAUUAAAAAUUUUAAAAUCCAAAAAUAUUAGUUAGAAAUACAUAUGUGUUGCAUCAUGCAUUUAAUCACUUAGGGCACAUCAUCUAGAUUUUAAUUUUUGUUUUUAAAUUUUCGUACCUAUAUUUGUGGUGAUCGCUGGAGGACCCCAAGGUACGUUAAUUUCUUUCUUUUCUUUAGAUUAAAACACGUAGUGUAGUGUAUAGCUUUAAUUAUAUCGUUGUGUAGAGCAUCAUUUAAAUAAAUCUUAAGGGCAAAACCCAUUCAUAAGAUAAGGGGAGGGAUUUCAUCACUCUUUCCUUGGCCCACAACAACUAAUUUCCACAUUUUGCAUUUCCCUAGCCUUUUAAUAAAAUUGAAUUAGACGUUAGCCCCUAGGAUUUCGCGCUCAAUUAGGAAGGUACCUAAGGAACGAGAUAAUCUUUAAUUAUUCCAACUCUUCGGUGUCUAAGGACAAGCGAAAGCUUACCUGGCCGAUUAGGGUUGGUGUCUAAGCGCGGAGAUUGGCCUCUUGGCAAUGCCUGCUCCAAACUGGCCAAACCGGUCCGAAUAAUAAUUGAUUUAUCGAUUUUUUGGUGGUCCUUACGGUUAGGAGCAAGGUCUAGUUCUUUUUAUUAGGGAACCCCAGAAUUAGGUUUUUCUUUCGCUUUUACACCCUUUCUUUUGUUUGAUUUAUUUUUUUCGCACUUAUUUGCUACGUGUUUACUAUCUCGUUUAUGCGAACUACUUGGGUUAGGAACGAGUCAUCUAGAUUAGUAAGACCUAUAAUCGAGAUUCCCUCGUCCUCUUCGGAUUCCGAAACCCUAGAAGUUCAAGAACCGAUAGUUAACAUGGCCCUUUCACUCAAAGAUCGUUGUUACCCAUCUCGUUCAAGUCAACCUUCGUGCAUCACCCUUCCUCCGGUAAAUGAGAACAAUUUUGAAAGCAAAGCUCAUCAUAUUAGCAUGUUACCUAAAUUUACCGGGAGUGAGGGUGAGGAUCCUUAUCUUUUCAUCCAAGAAUUCGAGGAAGUUUGUUCCCUCCAAAAGCUCCACCAAUUAACGGAAGAUUCGAUUAGACUUAGGCUCAUUAAUUUUGCACUUAAAGAGAAUGCGAAAAAAUGGUUAUAUAGUCUUCCCGUUAAUUCUAUUUCCACGUGGGAGGGGUUCGUUGUGGUUUUUCUUAAAAAGUAUUUUCCAAAUCAUAAGACUACUCGAAUUACAAAUGAAAUAAAUCAAUUUCAUCAAAGGGAAAAUGAGUCUUUUUGGAAAUUCUUCGAUCGUUUUAAAAAUCUUUUAUCACAAUGCCCCCACCACGGAAUAGAAAAAUGGAGACUUUGCAAAAUAGUUUACGAGGCCUUAGAUAGUCAAACCACUGCGUUAUUAGAGUCUAUGUGCCAAGGUAAAUUCAUGGAGAAAGAUGAAGACCAAGGGUGGGAAUUUUUCGAGGAUUUAGCGGAAAAGACUAUGAUGUGGGAGUCAACUAGGGAGCCCAAAAAGUCAAUUCAGUCAUCUAGCGCUAGGGGCUGGCAUUCGAUAGGAAAUAAUGUGGCAACCGAUGCCAAACUGGCCACCCUAACUAGGAGACUUGAAGCUUUAGAAACUAGUAAAUCUCCCCCACAAAUGUCCAUGUCCCCCAAUUACAAUUUUCCAAAUCCCGGAACCCAACCUUCGCACGAACUUGAACAAGUAAAUGCGAUGUUUCAAAAUCCUAGGAAUGACCCAUUUGCAUCCACGUACAAUCCGGGUUGGAGAAAUCACCCAAUUUUUUCAUGGACCUAAGGUCAAAAUUGUCAAAUUCCUCAACCCAAUUUUCAAAUGAAUCAAGGGCCAACUUUCUUUCAAACUCCUCAGCAAAAUUUUCAACAAAGGCCCAACCCAAUUCACUACUAGAAAAAGUGGAUAUAACAUCGCGGCUUUAACAUCGGUUGUAAAAACCACCGAUGUUAAAAGCUUUUCUAACAUCAAUUAUGAAAAAACCGAUGUAAAAGAGUACUUUAGACAUCGGUAAUUAAAAUAACCGAUAUCUUAUAUGCAGUUUAAAAACGAAAAAAAUACGCGCGCCUUGUUCCCCCCUUUUAUCAGACAACAAAACACUUCUUUUGUACUUAACAAAAAAAACCCAAAUAAUACAUAUUUCUUUUAUUCCCUCUCUCCCCGCUCUCCCUCUCUUCAGACAGCCUCUCCCUCUCUCGGUCACCAUCUCUCUCGCCAUCUCUCACUCUCACAACCUCACGACCUCAGCUCUCUCACCAUCUCACCAACUCUCACAUUUCACCUAGCUCUCUCAUCAUCAUCUCUCGCCAUUCACUUCGCUGUCGAACUUGUAGAUUCAAAUUUUGAGCACAUCUUGAAGACCUGGUUGUUACCAUCUUGGAGGAGCACAUCUUGAAGACUCUUGCUGAAGAAAUUAGGGUUUGCAGCUUGGUUCGUAGCUCAGUUUGCAUUUUGGAGUUUAGGGUUUUGAAUCAAAUUUGGGGAUUUCAUCUACAACCUCAUUUCUCAGUUGCUCUAAGCUCAUAAAAUUUAAAUGGCUAAGAAGAAAGCAAACAACAAAAAAGGAAAGCAGCCUAUGGAGCCUGCAGGGUCAGGGGAGCUAGUGCAUAAAGAGCCUGCUAAGUCAGGGGAGGCAGUGCAUAAAGAGCCUGCUAAGUCAGGGGAGGCAGUGCAUGAUGAUCAGCCUGGAGAGCAUGAAGCAACAGUUACAAGCACCGAAUCAGCAAAAAAAAGACUUGGAGCAGCAAGAGGUGUUUCGGCUCUACAUAAAGUACUCGUGAAGAAGGCACAGGGUAAGAAGAUUAAAAUUAGAUAUAAUGAACUUGGAGAGCCUGUUGGAGAUACAAGAGCCACUUUACAGUCCUACAUAGGGAUGGUGGCAAGGAAUAUGAUUCCAAUCGACAUUCCUAGCUGGCCAGAAGUCGAUACGGAAUUAAAAGAAAAACUAUGGCUCGAUGUACAGGAUACCUUCGAAGUUGUUCCAGAACUUGAGGAUAAGGUGCUAAAAUCUGCAGGUUGUAAGUGGAGACAGUUCAAAACCACUUUAACAACCAAAUAUGUUGUUCCAUAUAUUGGUCAAAAGAAUAAAUUGAUGAAGCCUCCAAGGAAGUAUGCUUUUGUAGGCAAAGAAGCUUGGAGAAAAUUUGUGAAACCUAGGAUUGAUAAGAGCUGGAUGAAAAAACAUACGGAUCAGAGCGAGAGGGUGAAGAAGCGGAAAUAUCAUCAUCGUCUUUCAAGGAAGGGAUACGUUGGGUUGCAGGAAGAAGAGAUAAAGGAAGGAAAUUUAGAGCGGGGAGAGAUACCUGAUCGCGCGGUGUUGUGGAAGAAGGCUCGUAAAGUGCAGGAGGAUGUUGAGAUAAGUGACAAAGACCUAGCCAAAGUAGUUGGCAAAAUUGAUGAUUUAAUAAAGAAGAAGGAAAUAGGUGAAUUUCAACCCUCUGGGAGUAAAGAUGUGUUGACUUUGGCACUCGAAACUCCUGAGCAUUCAGGUAGGGUAAGAGGAGUUGGGGGAUUUGUCACUCCAAAAUUGUUCUUUAAUUUGCCGAGACAGAAAAGGAAUAGGGUCUCGAAGGCAGACUUGUCUGAUGAGUUAGAGAGACAGAGGAAGGAGAUUGCUGAACUAAAAGCAAUGAUACAUGCAUCCAAUAUUGGUUCCCCAAUUUCAUCUAAAUCAAGUUGCCAACCUGUUGUUGAAGAAGAAAAACAGGUUGCAGAACCUACAAAGAAGCCAGAUGCUGCAAAAGAAUUGGGGCUUAAUGAUGAUGAUGACUUUGUUGCUAUAAUCGAUCCUCCUCCCCCAGCUAAAAAAUUGGUAUAA